GCGGGCGCCGGGGGGAGGAACCGGGACGGCGACGGUUAUGUCGGAGGGGCGCUGCGGUCCUGCCGCGGAAGCAGAGGGGCCCGGGCAGCAGGAGCAGCUCGGGGCCGAGCGGAGCCUGGAGGCGCUGAGCCUGGAGCGCGGCGCGAGAGCGCGGCAGCCGGGGGGUCGUAGGGCCACUAUCGCCAGCGCGCUGGAGCUGGAGGGCAGCGUGCGCCGCGAGGGCCUCCUCACCCACUUCGUAGCCAGCAACCUGCAGCGGAAGAUCCAGCUCAGCGCGCCCGCCGCCAGCCCCAUCCCCCCCGUUGACCUCGCGGCGCUGCGGGACCUGGUGGCCUUGGCCGGGCAGGUGGCCGCGCAGGUGGAUGAGCUGCUGCGCAGCGUGCACUGCGGCCUGCAGGCCCUGACCGCCCUGAGCGUGGGCUGCAUCCAGACCUACCGCGACGGCGUGGAGAGCCUGGGCGAGACCGUAGACACCAGCAUCCGAGCCAUGUACACACUGGUGGCGCGGUGCGAGGAGCUGGACCUGGCCAUCCAGCCCGUGCCGGCCUUAGCCAGGCGUAUCCGUGACAUGAAGGGCACGUUGGAGCGGCUCGAGGGGCUCUGCAAAUAGCACCCGGGGGCGGCCGUAACCCCUCAGCCCAUGACCCACGUUGCUCAAACACCACGUGCCUCAUCCAACAAGCCAUCUCCAGCAGGUGCUGCUCCUUCGCACACACCGCACCUCGGCGUGCAGCAGCUCAGGAGCUGAUCACAGGCCCAGGAUUGAUACACGGGGAAAGUUUGACUCUCCUCGAAAGCACUUUAUGCUUAUCUGCCUUGAUCUCCGAGCUGGGGGGUGGCUUCUUCCACUGCUAUUUUUGUUGAAUGUUUUUUUUCUGAAAUACCAGUGAAUAGUUCUACUAAACUUAAAUAAAGAUAUUUGCUAUUUUUCUCCUCCUGUGAUUUCCACUCUCAGUAAAGACUGAGGUAUUUUGAGUGCUAGUCUCCUGACAACUCUUACCAUAGGUGCUACGAUCUAUUUUCUUUAAUGUUUUCAGGCCAUUUGCGACCAUCUUCUGCAUGGAAACAGUUGUAGAAUGGGGCUCAGAGUCUCUAAGACCUCUUUUGGUUGAGGGAACCAUGGUAGUCAGGAUAUACUAAUUCUUUGUUUUUGCAGAACUGUUCAGAAGCAUAACAGCUUAAAAUUCAGUUAUGUAAAUCAUUUACCUUUUAAAAUAAACUAGGUGGCAUUCCUGUUUUAAAUUAGGCCAUGCUUUCUCCACUUCAGUUAUGUGAUAGUUCGCACAUCUGAUAUUUUAUGCACUACUAGAGUUGAAAAAUAACUCGUUCUCAUGUAGAAGCUAAGAUUUGCAGCUGUGUUAAGAUGGUAUGGAAAACAGGUUUUAGUUUUAACAGUUAUGACAGCCACUAAAUUCAGGGAAGUGGUAAUCAAAUAAUUGGUUUUAAUUAGUAUUAUCUCAUUAAAAUACUAGUGCUGUA